UGUGACACUCAGUCGUCAGAAUUAGCAACAAUGCUGUACGAAGUAAUUACCAUUUUGCUUCUCAUAAAUUUAGUUUCAGUGUGUUUAGGUUCCUCAUUAAAUCCACGUAUUGUUAACGGUGUGAAUACUUACCAGAACGAAUUUCCACAAAUCGUUUCACUACGUUAUAAUAACAAACACACUUGUGGUGCGACGAUUUUAAACGAAAAUUUUCUCCUAACAGCAGCACAUUGUGUCCAAUUAAACGUGAUUAACUACAACGUACAGUAUGGUUUAACCCACAUAAUCGAGGGACCAAAUGCUCCUAAUGUGAUAGGCGUUUCUCGACUUAUCCCACACGAAAAUUAUCUACCGGUGGUUAUUUUAAUGGGAGCUCGAAACGAUGUGGCCCUCGUAGAGCUUAAAGAAUCUCUUAAAUUUGGUACGAACGUGCAACCGACAAAGUUACCAAAGGCUUCAAGUACCGUUCCUGAAAGUAGUACCGCUGUAGUGGCAGGAUGGGGACUUUUAUCUACUGGAGGUUUAGCUGCUAGCGAUCUCCAAAAAGUCUAUCUUGAGGUUUACUCCGACACGAAAUGUGAAACUUCAAUGUUUUCUGCAAGUAAAUGGUACCAUAUUUGCGCAGGGGUACCUCAAGGGAGUAAAGGCAUAUGUAAUGGCGACUCUGGUGGUCCCUUGAUAGUCGACGGUACUCAAGUUGGUAUUGUUUCGUGGAGUACCAGAAAAUGUGGGCUAGAAGGAGUACCAGGAGUGUUCGUCAAAGUUUCCAAUUACGUUGGUUGGAUAGAGAAGAAUAUGAGUACCGAUGCGACUAAAUCAAAUGGUUUUUUUGCGAAUCUUUGGAAUUACGUCCACCAUUUAUUUUUUAAAUAGGAGCUUGAGGAAAUCUGAAUGCUUUAUAUAGCGUCUCUCAUCAUGAAUGUGCAUUUUUGGAAGCAAAGAAAUUAAAAUUUGUAAGAAAAACAAA